AUGUCUCCCUCCUCAUUACUUCCGAAGAAUAUUGUCAAUAUCAUGCUCGCUUGUUCCAUGUCUCUUUUGGCCUCUAAUUUGCAAUUGUCCUCUUGUCGGGAUUUCGAAUCAUGGAUGGCGAAACACGGCAAAAUUUAUGAGGAUCUCGAAGAAAAGAUGCAGAAGUUCAAGAUCUUUAAGAAUAACCUGAGGCAUAUAGACCAGACGAAUAAGAAGAUCAGUAACUAUUGGCUGGGAUUGAAUGAGUUUGCCGACUUGAGCCACGAAGAAUUCAAGAAUAAGGGCCUAUUUAGUUUAUUGAUUCGAGUUUUUAAUUCGAAUAAUUCCCAUGAAAAACUCAGUUACAAGGAUGUAGUGGAUUUGCCAAAGUCUGUGGAUUGGAGAAAGAGAGGAGCUGUGACUCCUGCAAAGAACCAAGGUUCAUGUGGUAGUUGUUGGGCAUUCUCAACAGUAGCUGCGGUGGAAGGUAUAAACCAAAUCGUCACAGGAAAUUUGACGUCCUUGUCUGAACAAGAGCUAAUUUAUUGCGACAAACCUUAUAACAAUGGAUGCAAUGGGGGUCUUAUGGACUAUGCAUUUGCUUUCAUUGUCUCCAAUGGCGGUAUUCAUAAGGAAGAGGACUGCCCCUAUCUCAUGGAAGAAGGCACUUUGGUGACCAUUAGUGGCUAUCAUGAUGUGCCGGGAAACCAUGAAGAGAGCCUGUUGAAGGCACUUGCAAACCAACCUCUAAGUGUUGCUAUUGAGGCUUCCGGAAGGAAUUUCCGAUUCUAUAGAGGGGGUGUUUUCGAUGGACACUGUGGAAGUCGUCUAGACCAUGGUGUGGCGGCCGUUGGAUAUGGGCCAUCCAACGGUUCAGAAUUUAGAUUACAUCACUCGUGGGGGCCCAAAUGGGGAGAGAAAGGCUACAUCAGGAUCAAGAGAAGCACGGGAAAGCCUGAAGGUUUAUGUGGAGUGGAAUCAAGAAAAUGGCAUCUUAUCCUACGAAAAAUAUCUGACCAUUUUUUAUCCCUCUUUAGUAAUUUACUGUGGUUCAGCAAAGUUUGUCCGUUAAAUCAUGCUCUUUAA